GAAGAUGUCGGAGGUGCGGCUGCCUCCGGUGCGGCCGCUGGACGACUUCUUGCUGGGCUCCUCCCGCCUGGCCGCCCCGGACGUGCGGGACCUGCAGCGCUGGCACAACCGGGUGGUCAACAACCUGCUCUACUACCAGAGCAACUACCUGCUGCUGCUGGGCGCCGGGCUGCUGCUGGGCGGAUACUUCCGUCUCCUCCUGACCCUGCUGAGCUGUGCGCUGGUCACUCUGAUCUUCUUGGGCUUUGUCUGGGCUGCGGAGAACAAGGCCCCUGUGCGGCGCUUCCGGCGGAAUUAUCCCGGCUCCUGCAUCCUCGCCGUCCUGGGCUCUGCAUACUUCCUGGUGUCUCUCUUUGACGGUUCUGCUGUCUUCCUGGUUUUCGUUGCUCUGCCCAUAGCGUUGGCUCUCCUCCAUGCUUCCCUGCGUCUCCGCAAUCUCAAGAACAAGAUCGAGAACAAAAUUGAAAGCAUCGGCUUGAAGCGGACGCCCAUGGGCCUGCUCCUGGAAGCCCUCGGCCAAGAACAGGAAGCCGGAUCCUAAACGCGGUCGCCCCCAUUUUU